AUGCUGGUUACAGACGAGAGCAAGCGGCUGGAUGUCAAGCAGGCGCUGGAUCAUGAGUGGUUCAAGAACCCAACGCAUCAACGCGAGUUUGAGGAGCUGUAUCACCGAUCUAUCAAGGAUUGGAAGCCGAGACUGAGCUCUCAUGAGGAGCCAGUGAUUGUCGACCUCUCCAAUUAUAUUCGUGGUGCUGGCAGGUAUCUGUCUUCGGUGUCUGGCACUGUUCACAAGCUCGAGGACUUUUCUCAGGGUGCAUCGAUUGAUCACAUAUCAGAGUCUUCCUAUGGCGAGUCUCAAACGCACAAGACCAUCUCAUCGAAGCUUUCCACGCCCUCGAAUGCUUUGCGUCCACCGCAUGGGGUGUUGAAGCAUGAGAAAAUAACCAUCCGGAAUUUCGGACCUCGAGCUGUGAAGAAUGACAAAUGGAGUCAGAGCCAGAGACCACAGAGACUUCUGCAGCAAUCAGAAUCCAGAGACAAGGGAUCUGAUCUGGCCCAUUCCAACUCAAAACCUGUUCCACACCAGCCGGCUGCCAGUGCAACAAAUGACACCAGCACCUGCGUGAAUCGUCAAAUCUUUUUCAAGAGAAUUCGUCGAGAGACAUCUCUUGCCUUCGCCCAAGUAUCUCUUCCCGACAUGAGCACAGUCCAGCAGCCACCUAUUCUCUCUCCCAAAAGCCUGACUGUGACUCGACCUGUAGCCGAGAAACCGUUCAAAAGAAUUCGAGCUGCUAGAGACCCGAGUGUGGAAGAGGACGAGGUCUAUGAGGAAGUGCAGAACCCGGUUACUGGCAAACGACAGCGACGAAUUUACGGCAAAGAGAUUGAUCUGCUGAAGGAGUUGCUGUAG